AUUCACUGCCCGUGAGGCCGGCAAAGGAUCGCGACAUCAAGUCGGAGGAGGGCAAAGCGCUCCGCAAAAAGGGAAGCCCACUCGUCCCAGCGGCUCUCUGCGUCAGCUUCACAUACAGUAUUCAUUGAUUUCAUUAAUUUCGUGAAGGUCGCCUCUAGUUUGCGAUGUACUCUGCUUUGGCACCGAGAAGCAGGCCUUGGGAGCAUGGCUUCUCCAGGAUCCGCAGGAGGAAGACUUUCCUGCUGCCUCGCCUCGCCUUCAUGAGCGUGAUGCUCAUGGUGGCAUCAUACGCCUCCAACAUCUUCUCGAGCACAGGCGAGGCAACGAGGGCAGCCACGCGCGGCCCGAGCGUGGAUCCCGGAGUGAAGCGAUGGAGCCGCAGGCUGCUUGCGGCCACGUCGCACCACCACCGGCACGACGACCCGCCUCGAGCCAACGACACGGAGGACAAGAACUGCACGGAGCCAGCGAUUAAUGAAUUUCCGAAGGACAUCUUCACCAACGAAGAGAGGAAGCAUGGAGGCUUGCUUCUUCACGUCUUCUGCACGAUGUACAUGUUUUAUGCGCUGGCCUUGGUGUGCGACGACUUCUUUGUCCCAUCGCUGGAAAAAAUCUCCGAGCGCCUGCAGCUCAGCGAGGACGUGGCUGGAGCCACCUUCAUGGCCGCGGGCAGCUCAGCCCCGGAGCUGUUCACGUCCGUCAUCGGUGUGUUCGUCACCAAGGGCGACGUGGGCGUCGGGACGAUCGUUGGCUCGGCGGUUUUCAACAUCCUCUGCAUCAUCGGGGUGUGCGGCCUCUUCGCCGGUCAGAUCGUGCGUCUCACCUGGUGGUCGCUCUUCCGAGAUUCCGUCUUCUACACCAUCUCCAUCAUUGCAUUGAUUUUGUUCAUUUGCGAUGAAAUUGUAUCAUGGUGGGAGUCGGUGAUUCUCAUCAUGCUCUACGCUUUGUACAUAUUAGUGAUGAAGUUCAAUAUGAAGAUCCAGACGUUCUUGGGCAGUAAGCGGAAGCCCUGCGCCGUGGCCAUGGCAAACGGUACCACGCAUGGCGUUGAUGUGGACGACAGCAACAGCUACGACCCCACCAUGGUUCUGCUCAGCAAAGGAAGUUCCGCCCCGCACUCCUCCGUCAUCAUGGUGGACGAGAUCCUCUACAGUCAGCCCCACAAGCUGAGCUUUUCGGAGGCCGGCCUGCGCAUGAUGAUCACCAGCCACUUUGGGCCACGCACUCGCCUACGAAUGGCAAGCCGCAUGCUCAUCCUGGAGAGGCAGCGAGUGUUGCAGGGCAACGAGCCGAACGGUACGGAGGCGGACGCGGCGGUCAAGGUGCCGAGCAAGAACGGGCUGGAGAAUGGCGGUGGCGCUCUGCUGCUGGAGAAGGGCGAGCCGGGCGAAGCGCAGCAGGAGGAGAAGGAAGACGACGCUGACAGGAACGACGACGUGGAGGUCUUCUCGCCCGUCUCCCCUCCCGACGGGGUGUGCAACAAGCUCAAGUGGAUGUUCGCGUGGCCCCUGGGGCUCCUUCUCUAUUUCACGGUGCCCAAUUGCGCCAAAGCGCGCUGGGAGAACUGGUUCAUGGCGUCCUUCGUGAUCUCCACCAUCUGGAUCGCCGUCUUCUCCUACGUCAUGGUCUGGAUGGUGACCGUGAUUGGAUACACGCUGGGCAUUCCCGAUGUGAUCAUGGGAAUCACCUUCCUGGCGGCUGGCACCAGUGUGCCCGACUGCAUGGCCAGCCUCAUCGUGGCACGACAGGGCAUGGGCGAUAUGGCUGUCUCCAACUCCAUCGGCAGCAACGUGUUUGACAUUCUGGUUGGCCUGGGCCUCCCUUGGGCCCUGCAGACGCUGCUGGUGGAUUACGGAUCCCACGUGGAAAUAAACAGCCGCGGUCUCAUAUACUCCGUGGUGCUACUCUUGGCUUCAGUCGGCAUCACGGUGCUAGGCAUCUACCUGAACAACUGGAAGUUGGAUCGCAAGCUCGGCCUCGCAUGCCUGUUCGUCUACGCCGUGUUCCUCUGCUUCUCCAUCAUGAUCGAGUUCAACGUUUUCACUUUUGUAAACCUGCCGAUGUGCCGUAAGGACUGAGCCAUUCCUGCUCGACGAACAACGAACGGACGGCAGAAGGCAUCGCACGAGAGCUCACGUUAUCAUAUUUCACAACCGCUAGACAAAACAAACUCAAUGUCUUUUUGGUUUUAUUUUGGCUCUUUUUUUCUCCCCCCCCCAGACGACUAUUUAUCAGGAGGCUUCUGCUACUGCUGCUACUAUUGUGACAUAUCUGAGUGUCCUCCCUUCACCCCCACAACACGUUGGGAUUCCAGUUUGAUCGUCGGAAUGUGUAUUUCCUCCCCCCCUCCCUUUUUAUUACAGCUCUUUUUUUGCUUCUGGGCGCUAAUGAAAUCACGCUCAUACAUACGUACAAACACACGCAGAGCUCAGACGCGCACGCGCGCGCGCGCCCAAAUAACGUUUUUGAAGUGACGCAUCAAAAUGAAUGGAGCAGAUGAUUGUGACGCACCACGGGGUGGGUGGGGGUGUGGGUUGACUGCUGCUGUGGCUGCGUGCGUGAAGCUGAAACGCGCCGUGCCCUGCAGAUUGUGGAGAGACAGCGACGCCGGAAGAGAAAGAACCGUUUCGCUGACGCGCCGGAGGAUUUGGACGCGCGGAGGGUUUAUUUAUAGACGGCACCGAUUGAUUCUGGUGCAA